AUGGAGGGGAAUUGCGAUGUCCACAGCGCCUUAGAAGACCCCGAUGCUACGCGCAGACUAAGUAGCGACGAAGAAGAUGGGGAUAUUCAAUCUCAAUAUGCUCGCCUCUUAACUGCCUCUACAGAUGCACUUACGUAUGAUCCAGAUCAAUCAUUCGAACAAAGAGCAAAUAUUCGAGCCACAUACUCCCUUUUGCUUAAAACAAUUAAAGACGAAAAAAGAAGGAUUGCAUCUCAGCCUGUUGGUUCUAGUCAUUCAGUGUCCCUUUCUGAGGACACCAGUAUGUCCAGUAGUUCAGAUUGUGCUGAAGAAGGGAAUGUUCCCAACUCUUUGCGGGGGCUAAUUGAAAAGGCCAACCAGGUGCUCUCCUCUUCAAUUAGAAACAUCCAUGAUGCUACUUUUGACUCUCACCUUUUAAAGCUUUCUGCAGAGGCUGGUCUGGCCUCGCUGGAAAAAUUGGAAGUCUGUUCCAACGACAAUAAGUCGCCAUUAAGCAUUGGUCUAUUGAUUGAGCACUUGGAUUCUCUUAUUACAUCUACAGAUUCGUUGUCUUUAUUUGGCCUAAAGUGCCAAAUUGCAUCCAAGUCUGCACCAUUUAUUGAUUUUGCCAACGGACCCAUUACGGUUCCCGCAUCAACACCCCUACCUUCUUCGAGAAGAACAAGAACAGCACAAAAACCUUUAUCGUCGCUCACACAGCCAGAUACCUUGGUAUUGCGCAUGUGCGGUAUAAUUUUUAGGACGAUCCCAUCAAAGCCCGAAGAGAAUUGA